AAGGUCGCCGUAGGCAGCCCCCUGCCUGCGCCCUAGGAGGAGAGAGCAUGGCAGUAACAGCUGUCACCAGCGGAUAGGUGAGGGGUUGAGAAAGGUGUUGGCCCUGCGUCGAGCCGAGGGCUCAAAAGGGUCGCCGUGACGCGCGGGAGGGGAGCAGAGAAGCCCGGGCGGCCGCCGCGAGCGUUGCUGGAGCUGUCCGUUCAGCACCACCGCGCCGCGCCCCAGCUCAGGGCCCGCGCCGAGGCGCACCGGCUCAGCUCCCGCUCCAGCUCCCGCGGGCUGUGGCGCGCGCUGUUGUCUUCGGUGCUAAGGGGCGCGCGGAUCUAGAGGCGGAGGGGAAGGGGCCUCUGCGAGCAUUGGGGCCACGCAGCCACCUGUGAGUCUCCGGCAACUGCGGGCGGUGGCGGCAUCUCCGGCCGGAGACAGAAGACGCUCGGCGGACCCCGCCCGCCCGCCCGCCGGGUUCACACACACUCGCACCCGCGCGCACACGCACAGUCAGCCGGCAGCGGCCGCAGCAGCUAUGCUCGCCGGCAGGUCGGGGAAGUUUCCCGCCGGCCUUGGCCGCGGGUCCCCAUGCUCGCAGGUGUAGCGCCCUCGCGCGGCGCGGGCGUUUGGGCGUUUCCAGCAUGACCGGCCAGAGCCUGUGGGACGUGUCGGAGGCCAACGUCGAGGAUGGGGAGAUUCGCAUCAACGUAGGCGGCUUCAAGAGGCGGCUGCGCUCCCACACGCUGCUGCGCUUCCCGGAGACGCGCCUGGGCCGCCUGCUGCUCUGCCACUCGCGCGAGGCCAUUCUGGAGCUCUGCGAUGACUAUGACGAUGUCCAGCGUGAGUUCUACUUUGACCGCAACCCCGAGCUCUUCCCAUACGUGCUGCAUUUCUACCACACCGGCAAACUUCACGUCAUGGCGGAGCUGUGCGUCUUUUCUUUCAGCCAGGAGAUUGAGUACUGGGGCAUCAACGAGUUCUUCAUCGACUCCUGCUGCAGCUACAGCUACCAUGGCCGCAAAGUAGAGCCCGAGCAGGAGAAGUGGGACGAGCAGAGCGACCAGGAGAGCACCACAUCCUCCUUUGAUGAGAUCCUGGCCUUCUACAACGAUGCCUCCAAGUUCGAUGGGCAGCCCUUGGGCAACUUCCGCAGGCAGCUGUGGCUAGCGCUGGACAACCCUGGUUACUCGGUCCUGAGUAGGGUCUUCAGCGUCCUGUCGAUCCUGGUGGUGCUGGGGUCUAUCAUCACCAUGUGCCUCAAUAGCCUGCCAGACUUCCAAAUCCCAGACAGCCAGGGCACCCCUGGCGAGGACCCCAGGUUCGAAAUCGUGGAGCAUUUUGGCAUCGCCUGGUUCACAUUUGAGCUGGUGGCCAGGUUUGCUGUGGCCCCUGACUUCCUCAAGUUUUUCAAGAACGCCCUAAACCUUAUUGACCUUAUGUCUAUCGUUCCCUUUUACAUCACUCUGGUGGUGAACCUGGUCGUGGAGAGCACACCUACCUUGGCCAACUUGGGCAGGGUGGCCCAGGUCCUGAGGCUGAUGCGGAUUUUCCGCAUCUUAAAGCUGGCCAGGCAUUCCACUGGCCUUCGCUCCUUGGGGGCCACCCUGAAAUACAGCUACAAAGAAGUAGGGCUGCUUUUGCUGUACCUCUCUGUGGGGAUUUCCAUCUUCUCUGUAGUGGCUUACACCAUUGAAAAGGAGGAGAAUGAGGGCCUGGCCACCAUCCCCGCCUGCUGGUGGUGGGCCACCGUUAGUAUGACCACUGUGGGGUACGGGGAUGUGGUCCCAGGGACCACAGCAGGGAAGCUCACCGCCUCUGCCUGCAUCCUGGCAGGUAUCCUAGUGGUGGUACUGCCCAUCACCUUGAUCUUCAAUAAGUUCUCCCACUUUUAUCGACGCCAAAAGCAACUUGAGAGUGCCAUGCGCAGCUGUGACUUUGGAGAUGGAAUGAAGGAGGUCCCUUCUGUCAAUUUAAGGGACUACUAUGCCCAUAAAGUUAAAUCCCUCAUGGCGAGCCUGACGAACAUGAGCAGGAGCUCGCCAAGUGAACUAAGUUUAAAUGAUUCUCUACAUUAGCUGGGAGGGCUUGACAUCCUCAGACCCAUGUUGCUGAGCCUUGCGCCUUGGGCACAGUCCAGGCACCUUAGGGUUAUGGCGUAAGGAGUAUACCCAGCCCCAAAGGGGAGAGAUGCAUGGGAGAUGCACCCCAGGUUGCUUUUACAGUAUUUAGGAUCAUUUUUAGAGGGUGGUGUGUCUGACACCAUGCCUUUGCACCUUUCAAUGAAAUGACACUCACUGGUCUUUACAUCGUGGACAUGAAAUGUUCACCUUUCUGCCGGAUGAGUACCACCUAGAAUGCCAAUUUCUCUGUCCAUUGUGUUCUCUAUUCUAGUGCUCGUGGCCCAGUACUGUCUCUGAGUUGUUUGUGCUUCUGUUUCUGAGGUUGUCAUGUGACUUUUGUACAACCCUCCCCCCCCCACAAAUCUGUCCAGUGGAAACAAGGAUAUGGUGAGGUUUUGCUCACAGUUGUGUGAAAACAAAAUCUCAGUUCUUUAUCCAUUGCUUUCAUUUAGUUUUAAUACCAAAACAAAGAGGAUGUGACAUUAAGUACACAUGACUGAUGCAAGUCUGUGUGUUGUUUUUAUAAAUGACCUGUAGCUCUGUGGCUUGCAUGGGUACCCUGCUCACCUUUAGAACAAUGUACACUGUUGUUCCUCUCAUAGAUGUUGCUCUCUAGAGAAUGUUACUUUGUUAAACGUGUAGUGAAGAUUGAAAUUUUUCCCCAACAACAGAUGCAUUAGGACUGGGCUUUAGCUAAAUGUAGGCCAAAUUGCAGAAUGCUUGAAGACCCUUCAAAGUCAGGGCCUCCUUCUUUCCUAGCUGGUCAUAGAGACAUUUAUUUCUGGCUGAGGUUCCUGGUCUAGGUCAUUUGGCCAAACUCUGCUCUGUCUUAGACCUUAGCAUGUUUUUGAAAUGUUUCUUUUUUAAGAUGUUUAGAAAUAAGGUUGUGUUGUCUUUAUCAACUAAAAAGAGGUUUACUGUUGUAUUGUCUUUCUGAGGCAAACGUUGUUGUGUGGAUAGCAAGGGCAGUAGCUUAGAAACUUUUGUUGCCUGCUCUGAAAGCUUCUAAAAUGAGAGACCUUUUUUUUUCCCAAGCAGGAUAUACUUAGGUAAUGUUGCUUCUAGGAUACUGUAUGUUACAUACAAUGCUCUAAUUGCCCCAGAGUUCCUGGUGUGACUUGGAAACCUGGUGGUGUGGAAGUGUGUACUCAAAAUAUAGACACAUGGUUUAUCCAGGAUGGAAAUUAUGGUUCUCAUUUCCACUUCAGUUGCCUUUUGUUGGGGGAGGGUUGGUAGAAGCCAAGAGAAAGGAAAGAGUUGUAAUGCAAAAAAGCAUUGUUACUUAAUAAAAAUAUCAAAUAAUUGUAAACUUCUUGAAAAGCUUAAUGCUAUUUAAAAGACCUUUAAACGUCUAAACUUACGGUGAGGGUUGAAAACUCUUUCCUUUUCCAAAAUGCUUUCCCUUCUCUUCUUAGUUAACCCGCAUAUAGCAUUUUAAAGGGUUCACCUGGGCCUCUUUGUAAGAUAGUUCUUUAUUAUAUUCCAGGUAGUCGAAUGGUUUUCCAGGUGGUGUCCAUUGUUGUUCAGUUUUUGGAAAGGCUGCAGAAUCCAGGGGUCUACACGUGGAGUAAGCAGACUUUUUAUCCAUGGCUUGGUCCUUCCUUGAAAAGGUCAAUUUUGUGUCUUGGUUGACGGUAGUACUUACCUCUUGGGGGUGUGGUGAGGAUCUCAUCGGAGGCUUUGUGUACUUGCAGUUGCCAUGGUUACUACAGAGCAAGGCAUUUGUUGGAAGAAUUCACUACUUAAUGCCUUUGGGUCCCCAGUUCAAAUCCUUCCAUCAGACUGGAGCCUCAUGGGGGGCAGGGAGGCAGCCACCUCCUAGUGUCUGAUGGUCUACCAUCUACAUCUGUUUCUCAGAAGCAUCAGGAAAGGUGAAAUGACUUAGAGGCAACCAGCCACUAAAUCAGAAGGGCAGGGUUAUUUAUCAGAAUUUUCACACAUAACACUUGGCUUUGGCUGAUGUUUCCAGCACUGGAAGGCAGAGAAUUUUAUGAAAUCAUCUCCAGUUGCACUGAGGCAGGUGAUGGUACAAACUCGUGAGGACUGUUUAGUUUGCCAAGGCUGACAGUAGUAGGUCGCUGAGUGUGGUAUCCAUGGUCACUGACCAUAAAGCUUGUGAAAGUGGAAACAAGGAAGGAGACAGGAUAACUCAGUCACUCUCAUGAGUGUUUCUUUCUUUUUUUUUUUAAACAGGCAGGUUUUACCACCAAAA